CUCUGACUUACUCUCGACUGCACUCGUUCAAGACAGGUGAUCUCUUAUCUUACAACUAAUGCUACUGCUUUACUUUACAGUCACUCCUUAGCCUAUCUGCCUCUUGGACUGUUCCGAGUCCCGAAUCCGACCUCUCAUUCUUCGGAAACCACACUCGUUCGUUUCAGUCGGCUCGUUCCACUGCUCCUUUCAGUUUGAACUCCCUUCGGAUUGCUGCGCCCGGCUUCGGAGCACAUCCCACACCUCUCGACUUGGCAUCCGAGCGGCUCUCCUACAGGAAGCAACACUCGAUUAGGCCUAGUUUUGCCUACUACAACGCACGGGCUACCACUGUCGACUCCCCCUCCAGCGGACCUUCUCCUGACGCCUCAUUGGGAGGUAUAGAGUACGCCAAGCGGGAGUGUAGCUCUCUGUAAGGCCGUCCAAAGAAAGGUGGCUCAUGAAGGCUUGCUAAGGCUGAGGUCUGCUGGGUUUGCCGCUUGCGUCUUUGCGAAAGGGCCGGGCGAACACGCUUCGUUUCGGGAUCUAAGGGCUUCUUGAUCUACCUCUGCUGUUGUACGAGUACUCUCACCUCACUCGUUCACCGAGCUGUACGACGCCGCUCCCCGACAUCUCCAACCCGAACACCGAAACUAGUUCCUUGUCUCUCUUAUUUCCCAUCACUCCAUCGACGGCCCCACUCCUGGAAAAGCUGCAUCUACCUCGGCGCCUAUCCUCCCCCACCUCUGCAUCAACAUGCUAUUCUUCCACCGGAUGACCGAGUCCAAAGUCACAGCCAGGCUCGACAAGCUUAAGCCUGACGAUAUUCCAAGAGCAGUAGAUAUCAUCACCAAGUAUAUCGACUCCAAGCGCCGGCGGGGGAAGGAAGAUGCGUAUGUUGUUGGCAAACUCGAACGUUUGGAGAAACGAUAUGUAGAUAACGACAAGCUAUAUGAAGCAUUCCGUUUAGCUCGCGUUCGAGCGUCACUGCCCUCGCUGGCAAGCACCGUCCUGACAAACUGGAGCAAAACCCAGCUGCUCCCCCCUCCUCCUCCAGACUGGUGGCACUCAAUACAAUCUCUCCUAGAGUCCGACUCUCCGCCUUUCGUCGUCGAGUACCCAUCAAACUCCGAUCCGAACUCCCUCUCUGCAGACGACCCAGCCAAAAGACCGGCCCGUCCCUCACGGAAGGAAUCCCCUCCUGGGGCAUUUUUAGGCACCCCAGCUUCGAUCGGCACGAUCUACAUGAACGGGGGCUCUCUGACCAGUUCUCCAGCUCCCUUAUCCAUCAACCCCGGUCCGCCCGAAAACCCCGGCCCGGCACGUCCUCCUAAUCGACAAUCUAUCCAAGGCUCGACGAUAUCAGAAGGAACGGUGUAUCGUUAUGGCGGAUCGGUCCACUCUUCGUACCCAUCUCCGGAUGGUCCAGCCCAGCCGAGCCCUCAAGUAAGGAUGGACUCUCAAGCGGUGCAAGCACCUGGAAGGGUGCGGACAAAUCGUUACCCCCUGCCUGUCGAGCCCGGAGAAGGCCGCACUUUAGCGUCUGCUACCCUGCCCUUAACGGGUAUCCCCCUGCCCUUAACGGGUGUCCCGAUGCCCUUAACAGGCUUCCCGGGUCCAAACAGACCAUCCCCGCGAAAUACUCCACUACAACCCUCCCCGUUGGCCGACCACCACUUCAAGACGUCACUGACGCGCCUUCAUCGGGCAUGUGGCCCGAUGAUGCCCGAGCUUCUCCAAUCUUUGCUCGAGCACCGUCAUAUCAACAUUCACCCAAUCCAUCGAACAGCGAAGAACGUCUCUCCAGAACAGUCGGUCGACCGACUUCCGUCAACAAUGACUCCCACUCCGCCGAGUGUGGACUUGGAGCGUAGAAGCGCCUCCCCCAACGGGAGCGAGAAUUCCUCGGAUACUAUUCUCGAGAGCGGUGGUUCUCUUAAAGAUGAGGACGAGGUUCCAGACGUGGGGGAUGUCUAGCUUGUCAUCUGAUUGAAUUCCAACGUCUACAGGCACUGGCAGUCUGGUCCUCACAUUGCCGCGUUUCAAGUGCGCGUGCUGCGCAGCCAAGCAGUCUGUCUGUCCCCAAUACCAGUACAACUUAUAUCGUCAUAAGACUCAGCUCGCCAUCCAUGUGGCUUACUUAUGCCUCAAGCAUAUCACACUUUUCGGGGAAUCGCAUAGGCUGCCAGGCAACCAGAGGCCGAAGGAAAUUGACUCAAAAUGCCUGUAAACUCUAUAUCAACAGGUAAACUCUCCUUUUGAGAGCGUUCACUUCAGCCUUCCGAGGGUGGUGUCAUC